AUGUCUUCAAUUAAUCCUUAUCGAUUAGAGCUCUGUGCAACUGCAUCUCCUAAUUUGGUCGUACAAACACCACCAAUACAUUCAUUCUCAUCAGUGCAGACUAAUGAGUCGCCAUUUAGCUUUUCUCAACGUGAUCGAUAUUUACCAAAAGGACGAGGAAAACCAUUUAUUAAUAAUCGUCCAUUAUCCACAAAUACGGUUUUAGAACAACCGUCAGAGACUUUGUCAGAUUUAGCUGUUUUGUACAUAGAUGAAUAUGAGAAAAAUAAUCAUGAAACUAAAGUGACUGUGGAGAAAAUCAAUGAAGAAGAGCAUUUUUAUAUUGUAUUAUAUUAUUGGUUCAUGGCUAAUACUACUGACAAUAGUACAAUAUCAAAUACUGCAAUAAAAAAAGCUGAUGCGGAAAUAAUUGCAUCUUAUUUAGAAUCAUUGUUAGAAAAUAAUUUAAAAUCAACUGAUCAUGAAAAACUUCGUACUGGUUUUGAAUUAUUAUUGACUGUUUUAAAAGAACCAUUGGAAUAUCAAGAUGAUUAUAAUAAAAUAUUAUUUGAUUGUAUCAAAUGUUUUAUCGACGAUUCAAAUGAAGAAGAGAAAACUAGAAAGUUAUUAGAACAUGCAUCACUUUCAAAAGCUUUUACAAUAGAACAACAUCAACAGAUAGUUAAACAUAUGUCAAUACGAGGAUUUUCUCCUGUUGAUAAGUCAUCAGAUCAACAACAUGAGAACAAUCAUGAAACAAAAGAAAUGAACCGAAACGCACAUGUACAUGGAAGAGGAAGAAAUAGAGGAAAUUAUACUAGAGGAAAUCAGGGUAAUGGGAAAUCAGCACAAGGUCGAGAUGGUACUGCAUUUUCUGGUCAAGAUUAUUUAUCAAAUAUUCCAAGGAGCGUCUCAUCUGAACAACAACAACGGUUUCGUGUUAGGUUAUUUAUUGUCUUCGUAGGUAACAGUCGUGAUUCAUCAAAUAACAGAUUUAAUGGGAGAUAUUCAUCUGGUGAAUACCACAAUACUAACGUUCAGAAACGUCAUGGGCAAAAUGCUGAUUUAAGUCAAUAUCAAUGUUUUACAUGUAAUGAAUAUGGACAUGUAACUCGUGGUUGUCCUAGACAAUCUAUUGGCGGAAAUCGAGGAAAUCGAUACAGAGCUGCACGUGGAUAUUUUCAGCCAAAUAAUCGAGGUAGUCAUACAUCUACGUUAAAUCCUGUUACAAGCGAUGACGAUGAGGCAAGUGCAUCGUUUAGAGAUGACGAAACGACGUCAUCAACAACAUCAACAGAUGAAAUAUUAAGUGAUAAAUCAGGAAAAAGAAAACAGUUAAAGAAAAACAAACCAGAGUGUCCUUCGGUGUCGAACACUAACAAUAAUGACAAUGCUUCAAUAGAGAAAAUCCAUUCUUUAACAAUGAAAUUUGUAAUGGGAAAAGAGAUCGAUAAUGAAAAUGAGAAUGCUAAUCUUUCAACAUUAGUUGAAUGUAUUGGAAACAUGGAUAACAAACAACAACAAAAUCAAAAUCAACAAAAAGAAAGUUUAUAUUUCAAUAUGUUAGUUCAUAUUGCUCAAAACAACAAUGUUUACAAUGAUGAACUAUGUACACAAUUAUUUCAUCAUAUUUAUGAUCGACAUCUUUUGAUAAAACAGAAAUGUUAUAGAAAAUUGAUAAAAAAUUUUAUCGUGAAUGAUCGACAAAAUUUUUGUCAUCAGCGUCCAUUGAUUUACUUGAAUGAUAUUAAUAAACAUGUACAUGAUUCAACCGAAACAAAACGAACAAUGUUAAACGAUUUGCAAGAAUAUCUUUUACGUUCAAACGGUACUAUUAGUGAAUUAUUGUACGUUACAUUGAAACAAUUCAUCGUCAGUGGUCUCAAAUCAGACAAUUUGCUAUAUAAUCGUAUCUGUCAUUUGAUAUUCAAUGAGAAAAAAAAUUUAUUCAGCGAACAACAAAUAAAUGAAUUAGCUGAAUGUGUUCACAUUAGAGAAAAACGUGUCGAACGAAAUAUUCAACGAACAAACUGGCGUAAACGUUUAGCAAGUAUGAAAAAUCAGCAUGUUGAGGAAGAUAUUGAUCAAUUAUUAAAUGAUUUGGAACAAGUAUUAAAUGCGAUUGAAAGUGAACAUUUAGCACACGAAAAAGAUGAAGAAGAAUCACAGUACAUUUUGAAUCAUUAUCAAUGGUAUAAUUCGAUACUAUUAUUAGCUAGUUGUGGACAUUUGAAUUCAGAACAAUAUAAACGUUUAUUGACGAUCGGUAUAAAAUCUUCCAUAUUCAAUGUAAUACAAAAAUUAUAUAUGCAUCAUUAUUUGAACGAAGGACGAGCACCAGUAACAUUACAACAAGUGAAUGAUAUGGAAUUAAAACUUCAGAGUGAACAACAAACUUAUGCGAACGAUGAUUAUAAUCAUAAACAACAAGUGUUUGAUCAAAUAAAACAAAUUUUAUCAAUACAAAAACCAUUAUUUUUCGACAAACAAACAACUAUAAAGGAAACGUCAAUACAAGAGCAAAACAAUGUUGAGAGUUUGACACAGUUUAAAUUGGAAGAAUUGCCGAAUGAUGAUGUUAAACAAGAGGAACAGAAUCGAUCAGCAAAUCAAACAACUUCCGGAACCCAUGAGUUUGAAAAUAAAAUUCCAUUCAUUGAUAAUUAUAUAACAAGUCGAUUAAUGUCACUAAUCGAAUUAAUAUGUUCAGAUAGUCGCAUGUUUUCAAGUGAACAAUGUAAAGAAUUGUUAGAUUCUGCUUUAAAAACGUCAGCAUUGUUGAAACCAAUAGCGCGAAAAGACAAAGAAAAGUUGCAAUUGUUUUAUUUACGUCCGAUGUCAGUGAAUGAAUUACAGUCAAUAUGUGCAAAAUUAUCUGAUACGACCACAAACAUCUGCGAUGAAGAUUUGUUCAAUGAGUUUAAAAUACUAAUGGAAAAACGUCCAUUUACAACAAAUUCAAAAAAUCUUUUAAUGAGUACAAUUAAUCAUAUAUAUCAUAAUAAAACAAAAUAUUCAAGCGAACAAUGUAAAGAAUUGAAAAAUAUAAUUGAACACAAGCCUUUUGGAAAAAAAUGUCAUAAAAAAUUAUUGAGAACUUUUCAAUUAACACGUGCAGUGGAAAAAGUAGCGUCUCCUCAGCAAACAGCAUCAGCACCACCAAAAAUGCAACAACAACAACAACAACAAACGAUAACACAAAACAAUACAAAUGUUCUAUCAUUGAAUCCAAUUAUUUUGAAUAAAUUAUUUUCGAAUAUUAUAAAACGUGACAAUAACGCUUAUCAAGAGUUUUUAAAUAUCAUUGAACAAUUACCAAACAUAAUGACAACAACAUCUCAGAAUUUGAUAAUUGAAGCAAAUUAUUGUAUAAUAACCCACAUUCUUCUGUAUAUAAAACAAAAUAAUUCAAAUAAUAGUUUAGAUUACGAACCGUUCGAUGAGACAAAAUUAAAUAAAAUAUUAGAAGAUCAUCGAUCGUACUUUUCAACGUUUUUAUCAGAAGAAGAGCAACAAGAUAUUUUCUUGAAUUUAACGAAAACUACAUCGAAUAUAAUUGAUAAUUUAAUAAAGAAUGUGAAACAAGGCAAAAAUGAUAUAAAAACACUUUUAUCAUCAAUCGAAAAUAUUCGAACGAAAAAUGAUCUACAAGAAGUGAUCAGUUUCAUUAUUUAUACAUUUGAAAAUGACAAUUUACAACAAUAUGUAGAAAAUGAUGUAGUUGAAUUAAUUCAAUUAAUUCAACAACAUUCAUUGUUAGGUUUUUCCUCUUUAGAUAGCCAUAUUUUAGAAUAUCUGAAUGAUUUAUUAGAAAAAUAUCAUUUACAUUUAUCUCCCAAACAAGUCAUGAAACAACUGGAAGGUAUUGCCAAUAAUCAACAAUGUGAUGAAAUAUUGAUAAAUAUACAACAUAUGCUUGAAUUAGCUACUUCCAAAUAUGCUAUUGACGAAUGGAAACAAAUAAUGAUCAAGGUUCUAAAGCAUUGUUUUAAAAAUGAGAAUAUAUUAUUAAUUAACAAUAAACAGCUGAACGAUUUGAAAGAAACUGUUAAAUCUUCGCCAAUGUUUUCAAAAAAAUUAUGGAAAACACAAAUGCUGCCCUGCUAUGAUACUUGUGGAGAAGAUGGUCAACAAGAAGAGAAAUUACCCACAAAAGGUUCUCCAUUAAAUGGUGAUACUAACACAUACGCAGACCUAUUUUCUAAACUUGAAUCAUCUGAUCCAUUAUUAAAUGAAAAUGUUUUAACCGAUCUACGUACCAUUCUUGAAAACGAACAGUUACCAUCAACAAUUUCUAUGAAAAAAUAUAUUUCUGCUUUAAAAUACGUAUUCAAAAAUGUUGAAAAAUUUUCACUAAAUUCAAAUAUUGAUAAAUGGUUAAAUCUAGUAAGAAAAAAUCGAAAAAAAUUAUUUGUUGAUCAACAAUGUGAUCAAUUAUUAAUGACAUUAAUAUUUUUAAAAUUGAAUUUAACGGAUCACAGUUUAACAACAAUAAAUUAUUUGAUUAAAUCACGAAAACGAUCAGAAUGUGUAGAAGGUCUGAGGUUACUUGGAAAAAUAUUAGACUAUAACGAUUCACAAUAUGUUUGUAAAACAAUGGGCGAUGAACUAUUUAAAAUGAUCGUGAAUGUUGCAUACAAUGAACGUUUUAAUACCGAUGAUGUUAAAAAAGCUCUAAAAUAUGGUCAAAAUUGUCAACAUUUAAGUGAUACACAACGUGAAAAAUUAAAAUUACUUCUCUAA